ACAGUGAAAAGUUUGCCUGCGGACAAGGAUGUUGUGAACUUAUAAAUAGUUUUAGUUCUCUGUCGUGUGCAAGGACGUAUCAAUAUAUUUAAACACAUUUUUAUAAAUAAAUAAACAGGCAAGUGAAUCGGAGUUUUUAGUGCCAGUAGUAUAAUAAGUGUGUUUAGUGUGAGUAACAAUAAACAUUUGUAACUAAAUUAUGUGCAUAAUUUUGAGACGUAGACACUGAGUAACAGAUUUCCAAGCGGUUAUUGUUGUGUACUGAUAAGUCUAUCCGUACAUGUGAGCAUGUUUUUCACUGUGUGUUUUUAUGUAGCUUACGUAGUUGAUUGUGGAACAGUAUGCGAACGAUCGGUUAUUUACUGCCCGUAGUAGUUUUCGUCAAGGUCACCGUUGAAACUUGUAAAGAUCAAACCAGUCAGUGACCUAUUGUACCAAGAUGUUUGUAAUUGCAAGCUAUGGAAAUGAAUACAGUUGAUGCCUACUUACGUUUAUUGUCAUAGAUGAGGGGCCGUCAGACCAAUAAUGGCAAGCUGUUUUAUGUAGUUCAGUUCAUCGAGUUACCAUUCGUUGAUAUCGACACCUACGUAUGCGUGCCGGACUCCUGGAUAAUAUCCCGCCCGGAAUCACUUAACAAGGUUGUUGUUGCAUACCCGAACAAUGAAGAUUCUUUGAACAUCAGAGACCGGGUAAAGAAUGAAGAAAAACCCAACCAAGAGUGGCGGUUACACAUGGCAGUCGUUAGAUAUGAAUCAGACACUUUUGAUGGUGCAAACAGAUGGAUAGCGGCCCAUAAUGGCAAUAAAUCGUGUGAAAUAGAAAGCUCAGAGGAAGACAUGAGAGAUUCCCAAACUGAGUCGAUGUUAAUUAGAAAGCUGCGCAGCGCAUCACGUCCUUUCUUUGCUGAUACCAAAUUUAGUAAGCCCUCGCUAUCAGUAAAACCUUAUAAAAAUCGCCGCAAGGCUUUGCCAAGGAUUACCAUUAGGCUGCCGUCGCAAUCGUUGAAGAAAAAGGUUGGGCUCCCACGAGUUAAAUUGGAUAAAAUUACCAAUGCUGUCGGUGACGGUACCAACCACCCACGCACGGUGUCUGAGCACUCAAAGAGAAAAAAGUCGAUAAUAAUCAGUAGCAAUCAAUUGAUUCAGAGAGCACAGACGGGGAAAGCUGUUGCUAUGGACAAUAAAACCAGUUUUGAGCAUAUUUUCCCUCACCAAUCUGCUUCACCGAAGCUUCCUCAGAAAAUUCAAUCUUCGCCUGCAGGCCAAAUCGAAAAAAAAGCACUCAGUCUGACUGAUACGGAUGCUGGAUUUGAUGACAAUCACCAGGAGAAUGACAUUGAUGAUCAUGUGGAGUCUGAGUCUGUUAUUGAGGAAGCACAAUUUCUCGGCAGAACUCCUGCGCAUAGUCCAGAACAAGUUCCCCAGCCUGUGUCUGUGAACGAGAGAUCAACCCCCCUGGUUUAUCAUAUACAUUCGCUUCCAGAGCCACGUCUACAAGAUGCACCCGCCAGGCAACCUAAGGAAGCUGAUGCCCCUAAAGGAACUCAACUCCUUCAGAUGUUAACGGCACCCACGACAGUCUCGAGGCCUUUUAGUAGAUCAAAUCCGCUUUCUCAAGGUAAUUAUCCUCAAUGGGCACUUCUGCCAUCCACUAGUGCUGGACAUCAAACCCCCCGACUGCAGGGAACACAUGGCGACAGUUCAACUGAAGUGACUCUCAGCCAUCAGAGACCAAACGCCCAAGGUUCCAUCAAUAAGAAAUCAUCUCUACCUUACUCUGUCACCAACCCGAUAAACCCAUCCGCAAAAUCAUUUAAAAAAAAGUCUUCACCUGCCACUGAAAAUCCUGCUGUCAAGAGAAUGUGUUUCCGGAACAUCACGAGGAAUCAAUCAGCUUUAGACCCUCAACCCCCUUUAUUCAAUAAUCCAGUUGUCAAGCUAGUGCCACUAUUUGCUCAAAGAAACCAAAACAAAUCUCCUCAAAAACCCAUCAGGGCUACUGCUAUUGAUCUGAGUACUCCCCAGCAAAAUAUGACGGUAUCCGCUGCACAAAACCUUUCGUAUUUGGCACAACACUCUCGCUCUCUUGUUGAGCAGCCAGAUAUUCGACGUUAUUUAUUUAUGCAAAAAACAGAUUUGGAGAAAACCGCUCGACUGAACAGUCAAUUCGAGCAGCAUAAUAUCGAACAUAGUACUGGUCGACAUGUCCACCUACCAGGUGCGACAAAUGACGAAUUUACUUUGCAAAGCGAACCCAACCCAUUCAGCCAAACUAUCCCACGCUUCCCGCAACAUAACAACCAAUAUGGCCUCCUUAAUAAAGACAACAUGCAAGAAGUACAGAGACAUGAAUUUGCUAGAGAGUUGAUCGGUGGAGCUCACACUAAAUCUGCGAUUAUCACUCAAAAUUUUGGAAAUGUUAUUCAGUUUUCUAGACAAAAUUCACAAAGCCGAUCACAUUAUCAUUUCGAGAAUCCACCCCGGCGUCAAGAACUCGCAGACCCCUUACUAAAACUAAACGCCAACACUCAGAAAACUGAACGUCCAGGAGUCAUCGAAAGAUCACCUGCUCAACCAAAGACUCAAAGUCAGCCACUUUCAAAUGUCCAGCGAGGUUAUUCGCAUCAAGAUCCACGUGUACGAGCAAGACUUGGUCGAAAUCUUACUGAGCAUCAAAUCUCAGAUCCAGUCGUUUCUGGAAAUCUCGUCGAUAGAGUAGAGCCUACUACGGUGGACACCGAAGUUCAGACUGCGCCAUUACCUGACCGAUUGGAUGAGAUGCCAUUCACAUUACAGCCUGGAAUCGGUGUUGUCUUUCGAAACCCUCGUACCAAAAAACUGGUGGUAGAUCAGGCGACCGAAAUGGAUCCUGCAAUGGACGUAUACCAGUGUGAGGAUGGAAGUGCCGAAUCAGCUCAUCAAAGCGCUCCACAAGUGGCACACAGCGGAUGUCAGGCGGAUAGGAAUUGUGUAGAAGAACAAGAGUCACCGUUUCAGGAAACAGGUAAUGAAUGUGAAAUAUCCAUCCAUGACGUAGAAUUAGAUCGCGGCGAAUGUGAUCACCCAGACGUCGACACGGCUAGCGAGAGUCGACCAGCAAGUCAACAAAAGCCGCAGAUGCAACAGAGAUUAGCUGUAGAGCAAGAAAUGUUGAACAUGUACGGCACUCUUUUCAACCAAAUGGGUGCCAGUUUCCAUUACACUCGUGAUUUGUUCAAUCAUUUACGAAAUAGCAUCCUCAAAUGUGCCGAAGUGUACGAAUCAAUGUUGGAGAAAAUCGAGACACUCAAUAAAGUAGAGCAGCUUCCGAUCUCGACGUCUCUGUCCAAUGUCGAGACGUCAAAAGCACCCAAAGAAAAUGUCGCUGAAAACAGAACUGGUAUCAGCAGUGGACCGAAAAUUAAUCACCAGCAGAAAAACGCAUGGGUUCUGCCGCCAGAGUAUGACCCAAAUAAUCCAAAGUGGACUCGUAAGUACCAAAAAAAAGCACCAGGACUGGUCGAACUCAUACCCCGGACUAACGUUUAUGUAAACAAGAAGGAACUUGCCAACUGCAAACGCGAAUCCAAAGACUGUCGAACGUUGGCGCGAUUGCUACUGACAGAAGUCUUCAGCGCGGACGCAUUGGGUGUGUGUUCGUUGACAGGCAGCAAGGCCAAGGCCUUUACUUCCAUGAACCUCGAGGUCAGGCCAGGAUUAGACGAGGACGCAAGGAUGGUCCUGUUGACAUUCGUAGAAAGAUAUGGGGCUAAACGUGGAUGGAGGACCGAUGACACAUCAGCUAUCAUCAGCAGCAUUCGUACAAAGAUUCUGGAAAUGAGAGCGAAAUACAGUCAGGCAGGUAGCGACUGAGUAUUACAAUUUACGGCUGUGUAACUAAUUACAGGUUCUUAUUCAUAAAAAGUAGAAUUAGAGGAUGUUCUUAUGUAUAUUUAAGUAGAAAAGAGGUAGAAAGUUAACGCAUUCUUUGCUGUAGCUGAUUUUUCUGUAUUACACACUUAGGAGCCAAAAAUGAUCGAGAAUUAUGUCUAAAUUAAAACGGGUAAUGUUUUGUAUAUUUUUGUUUUAAUGUAUUUCAAUGGCAUUUACCGAUCUAUAAUCUGUCUGAUCACUCUAUGAGAAAAACACCGCGUUCGAAGUCAAGACUGAUCAUUAAUUUUAGUAGCUGCUAUUUGGUGUGUUUAUGCCUAUCAUAUUAGUAAUAAGGAAGUUUAUAAAUUUAAAAGCCUAUUAUUACUUAAAAACCAUAUUCCUGUAUAAAUUUAAAUAAACAAGAUAACU